UUGGUCCUUUUUGCCUUCGCUUUCGUGGGGGCGAAAGCCGACGACCUCGCCGAUUUCUCCAACAAUCUCUUCACUGACCUGGGUCCUCUUCUUGCUCUGUUUGGUGACUCUAUGACCAAGCAAUAUCUCAGUGAGAGCACAUCUUCCUUGGACUACGUCAUCUUCGCCAUGGCACCAGUCGGGAUUAUGACCGCGAUCAUCUCUGUCAUUAGAGUCUGCGGCCAUUCAGCUCUUCGCGCCUUCAUUGGCAGAUCUCAGGAAGGGGAUGGCAUAGUUGAGGCAGAAUUGUGCACGUCUACAAGCAGAGAUGUGUGCGAGCUGUUCAAUAGAGGCGGCAUCACACGCGUUCUGGGUCGGCCGAGUAUUUUGGAGCUCAUCCAUGUUCCGCGCCAGGAGGGCUUGCAAACGCCAGCUUCUGAGUCCGAGAACGACAGGGCAGGCUUAUAUCUGUCUCGGGAUUAUUUCAGUCAUCAUUACAAAAACUCUGGGAGUCCAGAUUGGGACGAAGUUAAGAGGAGACAAACCGACUCAGCAACCAGAUUUUCUCCAAACCCGAAUCUCUCUCUCAACAUCGGUAUCGUAAAGCGGCCACCCUGGGUUUUCAUGGUCAUCGCUGCGACGGGAAUCAUCCUCCAAGUGAGUGUUCUCGUGAUGGCUGGCGUUGGCGUCUGGGUUCUCAAUUGGACUCCCGAUGAGCAACAAGAUGCCUCACCAGGAAAUUCUGCCGCGAUUAUGUUCAUUGCCGGUACAUGUUUUAUGUGCCUCGGAAUGGGGUUCUGCGCGGCCCUCAUCGGCCAGACAACUCAUGAACGUCUCUUGAAACGCACUUCUCUCACCAAAUCGUCGCAGUCCCGGAUUCUCUGGCUGCAGCCUGGUCCCCAAGUCAUCGGGGAUCAAAGCUUCGAUCCUUUCGCACAUCUUGAAAACCCAGAAAAGGGUCCUCUCCAGGUAUGGAUGUCGUCAAGAAAGAUAUUCAAGGAGAAGUUCGAGAAGUACACGUAUGUUGCUGUAUUCUUUGUAUUGGCUGGCUACAUUGUACAAUUUAUCGGACUCCGCGGGCUGAGCGCUUGGAUUUCCCUCGCUCAGGUGGGGAUCACCAUCGUUAUGUCCAUUCUGCGUGGAUGUCUCCGUAUGCAAAGACUUGACAGGAAUGGAAACGAGUUUGCGAAAAUGCCAGACCUAGUGGCAGGUCACGAGCUGGACUGGCUGGCAUUCAGGAUUGCCGGGUCCUGCUCAUCUCGAAGUGCGAAGACAUUACCCGAGACUAAUUCUUCUCUCACAAUCGGCGCUGGCAGCACUGGCCAGCACAGUUUUGAAGACCUACUUCGAAUCCGAGUGCGGCUUGCCCACUUGACUGGGCACUUCACAUUGACCAAUAUCAACGACACCGAAUAUCAGCUGUGGAAGGACGAGUUUGUCAAAGUCCGCGUUAAAGCAAACAAACUUUCUGCUGCACUUUGCCAAGCUGUAGCAGGACUCUUUCCCAGACGCCAACAAGAUAUUGUACUCCGCAUUCGCGCCACUACCGAGGAGCAGGAUUCACCUGCCCCAGAGCAUCAAGUCAACGUCACUCUUGGGGCACCGAUUGAAUCUUCUCAGGCGAGCUGGCGUGUAGAUUCUGCAAGAAUCGAGGCAAUUCUGGGUCUCUGGAUGUGGACUUUGGUUUCUGAUGAGCGUCUCAGGCCAACCGAUGACCAUUCCGCCCAUACCGUCUCACCAGCAGAAAAACUAUUGCGAGCAAGGAUUGUUUCAGCUGGCUUUGCGGAUGAUCCUAUCUGGAAUGACAAAGCUGGCAACAUACAAGGCGAAAUGGACUUGUGGCUGGGCACCAACGCCGUACAAUUUUCCAAAGCCACUCUCACCCUCGAUAAGCAACAUCUCAAUGGCCUCGGCACUCUUUGGCAGCCCAUGGAUGGCGACAAGGAACAUUGGGAAACUGUCUCAACCCAAAAGAAUAUAAUGAAUUCCACAUGGCAGCGAUUUUGUGGAUGGAACCAUGUCUACAGAACCGCAAAUGGCUCGAGCAGCAACGCUGUCAGCAUUCGGGUUCAGCUUGCUCCGGUGCUUCCAAAAACUUCACUACUUGAUCUUUGCGCGCAAGAGCUUUUCACGGCACUCCUGGUGUCAUUGGCUGGUUUCCUAAGUAGCGAUGCCAUUGGCAAGACGACUAUCGUUGAGCGAGCCGACACGCUACGGCUACGAAACACAACGAUUAGCAUCAUCGAAGAGGCUUUUGUGGAGAACAAUUUGGGAUCUCCUUCCGACUUACUAUUGUCCAUCAUACCCGCAUUGAAAGAACAGCUUCCCUCUCCCAGUUCCGAGGAAAUCUUGUCAGUUCUCACCAAAGCGACAAGUUAUUAUCGCCAGAAGUCAAAAUGGGGACGUGCCGAAAUCUUACUGCGAUGGUGUUGUGCAAGUUUUGGUUCGUCUUCAGAAGAUCCCGGACAACUAUCUACAGACGCCUUGCGCGAGCUAGGUGAACUUUAUCGUCACGCACUGAAUCAACAGUCCAGUCGAAAGAUGGGAAACAAUGGUAUUGAGUGGAUGACCAGGACAUACGACAGUAUGGGCAAGACCAACCCAGAAGUCAAGGAGAUUCUUGAUUCCUAUCGGGAGGUAGCUCAAAGGAUUAGUCAACGAUCCAGGACUAUCGAAUCAACCUCAGACGAUACAAAGAGUGUACAACAGCAACUAGUGCAAGCAAUUUCAGACAGAGACCGGACAGAGACACUAUACCAUCUCUGUUUCAUGACCUCCGACUUGUUGAAUUCGCCAGAUUCACAGCAAGCAUUCCCAUUGGCCGUCCGCAAUGACUGGAGUGAGGUUAUUGCCGAACUUUCUGAGAUGAAUGCGAACCUGGACAGUCUAGAUGACGUCGGGAGAUCGGCAGUUUCACAUUGCGCAGAACUGGGCUAUGAGUCUCGCAUGAAGUCCUUGAUUGACCAAGGGGCUGCCUUGGAUCUCGUGGAGAUGGAUCAGAUGACUCCGCUGUCAUGGGCCUCCCGCAAUGGAUAUGACAAAAUUGUUAAGUUAUUAUUGGAGAGUAAACAGGUACACGCCGAUAGACCGGACAAAUCUAAUCGGACGCCUCUGUGGUGGGCCAUCGGAGGCGCCCACAAAUCCGUUGCCAAGGUGUUGAUUGACUUCGAUGCCUCGCCAGGUAAAACCGAUAAGCAUGGGAGAACGCCUCUAAUCUUUGCAGUUCGGCAGGGACAUGAGGAGCUAACCGAGUUGUUACUCAAGUAUGACAAUAUGGUU